GCGAAAGUCAGUCCAAAUAACCACCUAUAAAAACACACAACACACUGUGGACUGCAUCCAGUCGUUAUCCCGACAACACCACCGUACGAGAGGCAUAAUGAAAAUAGCGGUCUGUCUAGUUUUCCUGCUGGUAGCAGCAGCAGCAGCCAGCGAGAAGAAGACUACAGAGAAGAAGGCUGAGCCUCUAGACAAGAAGUUGGACAAACGUGGUCUCCUGAACCUCGGUUAUGGAUACGGCAUCAGCGGUCUUGACGUCGGCUACAUCGGCUCCGGCCACGGCAUCGGCGGCGCCUACAACGUCAUCGAUGAUGGCGCCCACUCCGCCCACGGCUAUGGCAUCCCUCUCGGCGAACACACUGACACCCUGAGGACCGUCACCCUGUACAAGGGAGUCCCAGUCGCCUACCCCGUCGAGAAGCCCGUGCCGUACCCCGUGGAGAGGCCCGUGCCCUACCCCGUCAAGGUCCCCGUGCCGCAACCCUACGAGGUCAUCAAACACGUGCCCGUUCACGUGAAGGAGUACGUCAAGGUCCCAGUCCAUGUUCCCGCUCCCUACCCCGUCGAGAAGAAGGUCCCGUACCCCGUGCAUGUCCCAGUCGACAGGCCCUACCCCGUCAAGGUUCUCGUACCUCAGCCUUACCCUGUUGAGAAGCACGUCCCUUACCCCGUUAAGGUGCCAGUGCCCCAGCCCUACCCCGUGGAGAAACACGUGCCAUACCCCGUUGAAGUUAAGGUUCCCGUUCCCCAGCCUUACCCUGUGAUCAAGCACGUCGGUGUCCCCGUCAAAGUGCCCGUUGACAGGCCGUACCCCGUCCAUGUGCCCCAGCCCUACCCCGUGGAGAAACCCGUGCCCGUUCCUGUGCCCGUAGAGAAGCCUUACCCCGUGCACGUGCAAGUGCCCGUUGACAGGCCUUACCCAGUGCAUGUUGAGAGGCCCGUGGCUGUCCCCGUGAAGGUGCCCGUGCCCGAGCCCUACCCCGUGUACAAGCACGUGCCCUACCCAGUUGAGAAGCCCUACCCCGUGCCCGUGAAGGUGCCCGUUGACAGGCCGUACCCCGUGCACGUGGAGAAGCACAUCCCCGUCCCGGUAGAGAAGCCCUACCCCGUCCCCGUGAAGGUCCCCGUCCUCGUCGGCGAGCACGACGGCCACUCGCUUGGACACCUCAGCUUCGGAGGCUCCUACUACAGCCACUAGGAUAUCAUAAACUAGUUUCAUAGUGUUCAUCCGCCAAUCACUAACCUUAUUUAUAAUCUCGCCAAGUUUGUGAACUACGGCCGGGACGCCAGCAACAAAAUUCCAUUAUUUUUGUAUAUUUAUACUUCUCAUGUCAUGUAUGUAUGGGCGUACGUGUAUAGUGAUUAAAAGGUUACCAUUUUCUUAGGUUUAAGGUCGAUUGUAAAAUACGAGAGAUAAUGAGAUAAAAAAAUACAAUAAAAAAGA